AUGUUUCUCAGUGAAAAUGAGUUCAUGCAAGUUCUGCCCAAUUUUAUCGCUGGGGACCUGUACCUGGGGAAUAUGACUUUGCCGGUGUCGUUGAGGAUCCGAAUGGCUUUAUAUCUCCAGGACUCAGCACUGCAAGGGCUCGUCAACGUCGGGGACUUCAAGGCGGGACAAACCGUACUCAUCAACGGCGGUAGUUCAUCCGUCGGCUCCUAUGCUAUCCAAAUCGCCAUAGCACACGGUGCUUCUCGCGUCGUUGCGAGCACUGCAGAAAAAAACGACGAGUUUGUCAGAAGUCUUGGGCGGACGAGGUUGUCGAUUACGCCAAACAGCCUUUACACGAAUGCUUCGACGCGAAUCCUCCCUCGCCGAAAUUCCAUGUCAUCUUGGAUGCUGGACCCUUCGUUGUUUACGCAUAGCCCAUCGUAUCUGGCACCGGGUGGGACGUUCGUUUCAACCGGUUCAACACAAGGACUUCGUCCUCUGGGACAGAACCUCAAGACUAUUUGGGCUAUAAUACGGCCUGGGAGGGACUCCUCGCACAUACCGGCUUGGGACUACGUUGCCGUCCAGUAA